AUGGCGGGCGGGAAAGCUCCUCGAAAGAGCAAGGACGGCGCGUCGCGGAGAUUCCAAGGAAUCGAGUUUCAGAAGAGCAAGGGGCAGCACAUUCUGAAGAACCCCAUGGUGGUGCAGGCCAUCGUGCAGAAGGCCGGCGUCAAGUCCACGGACACCGUGCUCGAAAUCGGUCCCGGAACGGGCAACCUGACGGUGAAGCUGCUGGAGGCGGGGAAGCGCGUGGUGGCGGUGGAGCUAGAUCCGCGCAUGGUGCAGGAGCUCUCGCGCCGCGUGCAGGGCACGCCCUUCGAAAACAAGCUGCAGAUCAUCCAGGGCGACAUCCUGAAGGUGGACCUGCCAUACUUUGACAUCUGUGUCGCCAACAUCCCGUACCAGAUCUCGUCGCCCAUCGUGUUCAAGCUGCUGGCGCACCGCCCGCUCUUCCGCGCCGCCAUCAUCAUGUUCCAGAAGGAGUUUGCGCUGCGCCUGCUCGCACGCCCGGGGGACAACCUGUAUUGUCGACUUAGUGCUAACUCGCAGCUGCUCGCUCGGAUCCACCAUCUACUCAAGGUGGGGCGCAAUAACUUCCGCCCGCCACCCAAGGUGGACUCCAGUGUAGUGCGUAUAGAGCCACGGCACCCCCUCCCUCCAAUCAACCUGCAGGAGUGGGACGGGCUGCUGCGCCUGUGCUUCUCGCGCAAGAACAAAACCCUAGGCGCCAUCUUCCGCCAAAAGAACGGGCGCGCUGCUGAUGUGUUCAUGAGAGACGAUGACUGGGAGGAGGGUGAGGUGGAGGACGGGGAGGAGGAGGAUGGUGCGGAGGCUAUGGAGGAGGAGGAAGGGGAGGGGAGUGGGGGGAAGGGAGGGAAGGGAGGGAAGGGGAAGGGAGGGCCGUUGCCAGAGUUCAAGGAGAAGGUGUUGGAUGUGUUGAAGGCGGAGGGGUAUGAGGACAAGCGGUCGUCCAAGCUGUCUGAAGAUGACUUUGGGAGCGCGUCUGACCGACCGAAACACCAAAAACAAUCCGGAGCCGUAUGUAACGAAUACGGAUCCUCGUUCCUCUUACACACCUGGCCGCGGCGCGCCGCGUCCUUAGCCCGUCACAGCCGUACCCGAUACGAGCAACGGUCUCCCGUAACGGUCGCGAAGAUGAUGAUCGGAGGGGCGUCGCGGCCGAAGCAGCUGCAGAACAUUGUAGAUCGCCCCAUGAGCCGCGGCAAGUCCGAGGUGAGUCUGAGCGCGCUGGCGUUUCUCUUCUCGGAGAUGGUGCAGUACAGCCAGACGCGCGUCAACAACAUUGCCGAGCUCGAGAGGAAGCUGGAGGACCUGGGCUAUGGCAUAGGGCUGCGCAUGCUAGAGCUGCUUGUGCAGCGAGAAAAGGGCAACAGGCGGGAGACGCGGGUGCUGGGCAUACUUUCCUUCGUGCACAGCACCGUGUGGAAGGCGCUCUUUGGCAAGGUGGCGGAUUCACUGGAGAAGAGCACAGAGCACGAGGACGAGUACAUGAUCAGCGAGAAAGAGCUGCUCGUCAACAGGUUCAUCUCAGUGCCUAGGGACAUGGGUGCGUUCAACUGUGGGGCCUUCGUGGCAGGCAUCGUCAAGGGCGUGCUGGACAAUGCAGGCUUCCCAGCGCGAGUCACAGCUCACUACGUGCAGGUGGAGGGGCAGCAACGGCCACGCACCACCAUCCUCAUCAAGUUCGCUGACGAGGUGUUGGCUCGUGAAGCUAGGCUAGGUUGA